AUGAACGAACCAGCGAGGGUAUCGCUUGCCCGGCGCUUGCCGUAUUUAAUACGAGAACUUGGCACGGAAUCUGAUUCUAUAUCAGGAAUUAAAUUCAAUCUUGCGAACUUGACUGAAUGGAAAACUUUCCCAAGUGAGAUCCACGACGUGCUCCAGACGGUUGACCUAGAUGUGAUGGUACCAGUCGAUGAUACGACCGAUAAAUACAUCAUCGGAAGUGAAUCUGGACUCACCGGCCGUUUCGCUAAGCACCUAUGUGACCCUGUGAUAAAUGUUCUGAUCGCGGUAAGAGUACCGCUUCGCUUUGGAGAUCGACAGGCAAUUUAUCCCCCGGCAACUAUAAUUCCAGACAUCGUUCUAUCCAGACGCGAUGUCAUGCCCCCUUCUGUUAUCAUGGAGAUCGAAUUGAAAACGUUCUGGACAUUUGAUCUAGCUGCGUGUCUCUCUAGCCCGCUCAGCCCGAUCCUGCUAACCCAUAUUAAGAAGCCUCUGGAUUUACAGCCUAUGUUUACAAAUUUCAAUGUGUCAUCAUGUCCAUCUCCGUAUCGGCUUCAGCCACCUGUUGAUGUUGGUCCUGUGAACCGCGGGUCUGAAAGCUACAAUCCACUCCAAUCCUCGCCAAUUGGCCAUGGCACUAUUCUUUUUAGCAAAAAUGGCAUUGCCGAGGACGUGGUUAAUGUGACUCAUGUUAUCCAGUGGACUGGCAACAAUGACGAAAUCCACAAGGGCACUGUGAACGAGGAUAAGUGGGAUGACAAGAGGAGGGCUGUCUUUGAAGGUAUUUGGCAUGGGGAGGAGGUAGUUGUUAAAUGCUGGGUUGAUUCCGAAUACGACAGUUACUUAAGUGAAAGCCGAUUCUAUGAAGAACUGCCCCACCAGAACCCCAGCGGCUACCCAUUCUUUCCUCAGGGAAAGAAUGCCGGUGAUAUUUGCUGCUCCUCGCUCUUCCCGUUCGGAUUUGCCAUGAUCAUGUCUAAGGUGAAGGGUACGCCCCUUCGUGAUCGGUUAAAAGAUGCUACCGUCAAACGCAGGGGCUGGAUUAGGGCGCAGCUAAAUGCGGCGGUUAAGGCUAUACGUGCUUUAGGGGUUAUCGUGUAUGAUUGUGGACCCCAUAAAAUCUUGUACCAUGGCGAUGGGAAUAAUCCAUCAAUCUCAAUCAUCGACUUUGAGCGUCUCCAUGUCUUUGGGGAUGAAAAAGACCCCACGGAGGGACUGCCUAUCCAGCCAGAGGUCGUCGCUGUCUUUGGUUUCAAGAAAGAUGAUGAUAAAUUUGAAAAUGACUUCGACUUCGACCACAAUGAAGAUGACAAGGUGGAUGGAUGA